CAGGUUAAGAACGGACCUCCGGAACGAAUUAAGUACUUAACCUGAGGUACCACUGUACAAUGAAAUGUUGCAACUACAGUAUUAAAACUAAGCACAUUUCCAGAAUGAGGUGCAAUUUAGUUAAUUCGGAGCAAUCAAAACAGUAUAAUCUAUGCAAGUCUACUUUGUAGUAAUCCUUAUUUAGUUCAACUGAGGUUACUUCCAGCUAAGUAUAUAUAUAGGGCCUGCAGCCUUACUUCCAGGUAGGUGUGCUUGGGUUUACAGCAUUUGCUAUACUUACCUAGUUAGCUUAGUUAAGCCUUGGAGUGGAGAAGACCUGGCUUAGCAAUCAAUUUCACAAGCAGAGACACACGGUGGAGUAUUAAGAUGAUCAGUAAACUGGAUUAUCUCAUCAGGUGUAUGUUUUUUCCUUUAAUGCCUUGUUAGAAAGGAAUUACACCUGGAUAUUAUUUAAGAAACCAGAACUGACCAGACCAGAACUGACUGACCAGAACUGCAUGUGGAAAGGGUGGUUUCUUUGCUUCGACAAAUCCCCAUCAUGAAGAUUUUUGGGGAAGUACUUGUUUGUCUGUGGUCUCUAAGGCUACUUUUUUAUAGUGUCUUGUGUUCCCCCAGUCCCAAGGAUGAAGGGGGAUCUCAGACAUCGCUGGUGUCAGAAGCCUCUGAGCUGCCUCCAGUGUUGUUAUUUUGUCCAGAUGCAGAAAAUGGCUACGGCCAGUUGCCUACACCUUCCAAGAUAUUGUCUGACCACCAUCAGCAGGAGUUGGGAGAUUGUGUGCCAGGACCACAACUGGAUUCCAAAGCCCUGAGAUACAUGAAGAGGCUUUAUAAAAUGUCUACUACAAAAGAAGGAUUCCCAAAGAUAAACCAUCUCUAUAACACAGUCCGACUCUUAAGUCCAGGUGCUGAAGGCAAGCACCUCACCAUAGGACAAACAAAAGGAGACCUUCGUUCACCAGGCUUCCUCUUCAGCUUGGACCAUGUUACUGCUUUGGAACACUUAGUCAAGUCGGUCUUACUCUACUCAUUUGAUAAACCAUUUCCUAAAUCGUGGGCUGUUACGUGUACAGGUAAUCUGGUUGUAAAGGCGGGUGGUGCCUCUGGUCAAGCACACCCCAUUAUUGAACAUGCCAUGACCUUCCACUUUGAACUUGGACGCAAACGGGCUGAGAUUGAUGUGACCUCUUUUACCUGGCCUCUGAUAGCCUCUAACAAUAGAAGCGUUUACAUGGCUGUGAAUAUUGUUUGCCCGAAUAACCAGCCCUCCAACUCCAAACAGGAUCCCUUUAAUAUGACACGGGCAUCGCUUUCUCUUCUCCUGUACCUCAAUGACACCAGUGAGCAAGCUCACCCUACAUGGGAUUUUCUCAAGCACAAGAGAAGGAACUCCAUGCAAGCCAGGCUGGAAAGGGGUCCUUUCGCAGGUCUCGGAAGGGAGGCAGGAAAAGACCUCAAACAGAGCACAAGAAAGCCUCGUCACCGAAGAGAUGGAGAUGGUCAAGAGGAAAACAAAUCAGUUUCCAUAGACAACUUACGUAAGUACUACGAACAGUUUCUUUUCCCACAAAAUGACUGUAAGCUUCACAACUUCAGGCUGAAAUUCAGCCAGCUGGGCUGGGACAGGUGGAUAAUUGCACCACACAGAUACAAUCCUCGCUAUUGCAAAGGUGACUGUCCAAGAGUAUUUAGGCAUCGCUUUAGCUCUCCUCUGCACUCGAUGAUACAGAACCUCAUACAUGAAAAAAUAAACCCCUCUGUCCCCAGGCCCUCCUGCAUACCUGCUGAAUACAGCCCCCUGAGUGUCUUGGAGGUAGAGCCUGAUGGAUCAAUUGUGUACAAAGAAUAUGCAGAUAUGAUUGCUACCAAGUGCACUUGCCAAUAAAGCCAGUGCUGAUUUAUUAAUAAUGUGAUAUUUUCCCUUAACAGUAGAAGGAAAGUAGCCUGUUGGUUAAAAAAGAAAAAGAAAAAAAAGACUUAGAAUGGAGUACUGAGGCAGGUAUUUUCAGGACAGCAUUUAAUUAGCCCCCUCUGAUUUGAAAGAGGCAAAGUAUGGGCAUAAGGAGGUUUCCUUGUUAUCUUUUUUCUUUCUUCAAAAUGGGGGGGAAAGACAUGAAUUGUGAAAUGUUUUGGCUAGGGGAAGAGUGGAAGCGCUGUUUCUCUAGAUAAGCAAAAAAGUAGAAUGCCUGUCCUUUCAUGCCACUUUUGUAGUGUUCUUCUUUAAUCAUGUUGAAAAUAUUUUUUAUUUUGAAGAAAUUUUAUGACAAGUGUUUGGGCACAGAAGGUUUUAUUAUUGCUAACUGCUCAAUCACUUAAUUUUAAUAAGUACUUUUAGUGAUUGAAACUGGUUGUCUGAGACAGCUCCUGUUCUUUAUUAUGAUGACUACCAGAUGUAAAGGUUCGUUUAAAGCAAUGAAUAACCUUUUGUUUAACUUUGAAGGCUCUCAUGUUACAAAAGAAUGUAAUUGUAAAAAAAAAUGUCCUAGUUGUGUGUCUAGGAAACACCUUACUAGGGUGGCUAAACACAUUACAAAAUCCUGUGUGAAGACACGUCUGAGUGGGCAGUAACCUGUAACCUGCAUGCAGAUCAUACAUGCAGCUUUCUACAUGGAACACAGGCAUGACGUCAUGCAAGUUUCUUGCUAAGUUCUACACAGAAGUGCCUUCAAACAGAUUGGGGUGGGAAGUGACUCACAUUUCUGUCAAUUGAAUGGUGGGCACUGGGAAGGAAUCUGUUGAACUUGUCCAUGAGCCUACAUCAGACUGGAUUGAUGAGCUCUGUUAAAUAUGGCAUUCAGAAAUGUUCAAAUGCUUGCUGUCUUCUAUUCUGGUUGGUUUAUGAACAGGAAACAAAAUUCACCUAAACACAAAUUAAAACACAAAGUUACAUUCUAGUGCCAUAGUUAAGCAUGUCUGUAAAUGAAAAGUAGGUGGGUUUUCCAGUGAUAAGCUAGCUUAAAGCAUUUUAAUGAUUCCUUUCUUCUGUUGCUGAACUGAAAUUCUGUCUGAAUGUGUUUGUAAACCUGA